AUGGCAACGAUUAAUUCUUGUAAUUCAUCUGGAACGAAAUGGAAGCUGUAUAGUACAAACCAUCCAACAAUAGCCUGGAGAGCCAGAAAAUAUUUGAGAAAUUGUGAUCAGGAGGAAAGAAAGAUGGAUAAACUUUUUAUGACUUUUUUAUUGCAAGACAGCGGGGGUGAAGCUAAGCUUUCUACCAUCAGACUUGACAGUAGAAAGACAACACGAAUAUACAAGCACUAA